AUGAAGAAAGACCUUGAGGUGGCGGGUUACGCCGUGCUACCCCUGCAGCUCCCCAAGACCUCCUCUGCAAAGGCCGCGACGCAUUACAUGUAUCUCCGAGCCCACGAACCUCGCAUUCCUGACGAAGACACCCCUCGCUCGAUGUUCAUCGUCAACGUGCCCAUCGACACGACCGAGAUUCACUUGCGCCACCUCUUCGGUACCCAGCUCGCGGCCGGCCGAGUUGAGCGCGUCCACUUCGAAUCCGUCCCCACGAAGAAGAAUCAGGCCGCGAUACCGCAGGCAAAUGUCGGCGGCGGCGGCAGCAAGGCCAAGAAACGGAAGCGCGUCACCGCCGAUGAGCUGGAGUCUCAGCUGGAGGAUAUCGCACUCCCCGCGAUCUGGGACCGGCCGCUCCAGAAGAGCGGAGCGCACGCCGUUGUGGUUUUUGUGGAUCAGCCCAGCAUGGAGGCCAGUCUGAAGGCUGCUCGGAAGGCCGCGCGCAAGGCGGUCAGGCUUGACGAGGACCGUGUGCCGGCUCUCGGGCUGGAGCGGUAUCUCUUCCACUCACAGGCUCGGUACCCCAGCCGCGGAGAAUUGCUCCGCACGGUCAAUGAUUUCAUGACGGUGUUCGAGCAGGUGGCCGAGAGCCGGAAGCGCGAGGCGGCGCGCAAGGCCCAGGAGCCGGACGAGGAUGGCUUCGUGACGGUCACGAGUGGACCCAAGCUGGCGGACGCGACCCACGAGGAUGAGGCGCGGGAGUUGAUCGAGAAGCAGAAGAAGAAGCAGGAGGGCCUGGAGGACUUCUACCGCUUCCAGUCCCGAGAGAAGAGGAAGGAAAGGCAACAUGAGCUGUUGCGAAAGUUCGAUGAAGAUAAGAAGAAGCUGGCGGAUCUGAAGAGGAGAAAGGGGAAAUUCGCGAACCGACCCUUGAAAGAGCUAUCUGUCAAGCUUCCGUAG